UAAUCAUACGGUAUAUGAUUGACAAUCUAAAUUAAUUAUCGAGUUCAUUUGUUUCAUUUUUAAUCUUAUUGAGAGUGAAUUUGUGAGAAAAGUUGUACAAAUUAGUGUUGUGAAUAUUAUUUGCUUGGAGUAUUUAUGUGGAAGGAGUCACAAUACAGAUCAAAUGGCACAACAGCACAUCCUUUCAGCUGUAGAGUCAGAAAUAAGUUCAGGAAAAGACAAAGGAGAUCCCACAGAGAAAGAUUUAACAGUAACAUUGGACGAUAGAGAUCUGUGGGUUCGAUUUCAGUGUUUUACAAAUGAAAUGAUUGUUACUAAAAGUGGAAGGCGAAUGUUUCCCGUUAUUAAAGUGACAUCGGGCGGUUUGGAUCCUAAAGCAAUGUAUACCGUACUAUUGGAAUUUGUUCAAAUUGAUCCACAUAGAUGGAAAUAUGUCAACGGAGAAUGGGUGCCGGGCGGAAAAGCGGAAUUACCUCCCGCCAAUCCUAUUUACAUUCAUCCUGAAUCGCCUAAUUUCGGAGCUCAUUGGAUGAAGGAACCGAUUUCGUUCGCAAAAGUAAAACUCACAAACAAAUCAAACGGAAGCGGUCAAAUAAUGCUUAACUCUCUCCAUAAAUACGAACCGAGAGUGCAUCUGGUUAGAGUUGGAACCGAACCUAGAAGAGUAAUAACGUUUCCUUUUCCCGAAACGCAAUUCAUUGCAGUCACUGCGUAUCAAAAUGAAGAAGUUACUUCAUUGAAGAUAAAAUACAAUCCUUUUGCUAAAGCGUUUUUAGACGCAAAGGAAAGGCCCGACAAUUUAUAUAGUCAAAGGGAAUUUUCAAAUAAUUACGGACAACAGCCCACCCAGUAUUCACAGUACGGUUCGUGGUUUCUACCGCACCAACCAAUAUACGCUUCCGGAACUCAAAUGUCACCUUGUCAGUUCAGAUCAAGUCCAACUUUAAAACGACAAAAAUCGGCGCCUUAUACUAUUCAGAGACAAAAAUCAGCAUCAGUUUCACCACCAUCACAUGUAUAUACACCACCCGAUCACAUCCAACAACAAACAAUAUACAAUUCCACCGGUCCGACAUAUACCAGCUGGCCCACCAUGACUACAAUACAAACGCAAACUCCAAAUUCGGUAAAUUGUUGGUCGUUAACAUCUAGUCCACCGCCAUCACAUCACGUGCCAGGUCCAACAACUCCCAAUCAAUCUCCUAGUCACCAGAUAUACCAGCACUCUCCUAUAACUAGCAUCACCAACCUUUCAUAUCCGGGAUAUUACGGCGAUGUUACUUACCAGAACCCGGAAUAUGUAUCUGUAGUCAAUUCAGAAUUGACAUAUACACAAAUCGGCUUAGAUAGGGCAACUCCAAUCGUUUAUCAAUCAGAUGUAACUAAUACGGCAAAAGAUGAGUAUGAAGGUACUACUAAUAUAAAUAAUAGCAGCAAUGAAAGACCCGGAUCGGCUCAAGGUACUAACAGGCAAGAAUGGAUUUCGAUGAGUCAUAUGCAGAAUUAGAAUUAUAUUAAUUUUGUACAUAAGGUUAAUAAAUAGUUUAAAAUGAGUGAUUUAAUAUUUUCAUAUUACUUAGAGGGAAUAUUAAAAUUUUCUGUCAUCGUCAAUUUAUUCAGCAAUAUUUUAUCCCGUGAUUCAAAAAGAAAUGAUAUUACUUUAGUGAAACAAAUUUUAU